AGCAGAAACUGUUCUCGCACAGGGUGUUUGUUUAACACUGAUCACAUGACCUUUUCCUAACACAGACUGAUAAAGGGUGAGAGUCCACUGCAGAGUACACGACACAGCCUGUAACUCUUGAAUAUUUGUCUCGACUCUGUGACAGACUGAGAGCAGAGCAGUGGACAUGUCUACAGGAGAUCUGGUGCCCACACAUUACCCAGCACGCCGGGCAGCUCAAGUCGCCCUACACUACAUCAACACACGCCACGGCUCGCCCUUCAGAGUGUUCGGACUGAAGGAAGUGCACAGGGCGCGAGCAGAGGAUGUAGCAUCAGGAGGGAGGAAGUACGACCUGGACUUCUCUGUGACGGACUGGGCCGGUGGGGGGUCAGUGUUGAAGUGUUCAGGACAGGUGUUGUUCUCCCGGAGCGAGCAACACUGUUCACCUGUGGUUCAGUGUGACUGUGAGGGGCUACAACAGCUCUCGACCUCGUCUGAAGAGGAAGAUUUCUACCACAAACACAACACGCCUGAAAGCCACGUCUCUGCUCAGGCUAUACCAGACCGCUAUGGUAACAUGAGUCAAGAGAUGAAGCCGUUCUGGCAUGUGGCUGGUGUGGCCGCGUCUUUCAUCAUGCUACAAGAAUCCAAUGAGAACACAGAGUAUAAUAUGGCACAGGUGGCCAGCGUUACACAACAGGAGAGCAAAGACAACCAGCUGAUGUUGAAGUAUCAUGUUCUGCUUCAUGAUCUGCCGUCCCAGGAGAUCAUUCAUUGGAAGCUGUUGGCAUCCUGGUCUCCAGAUGGGGGCGUCAGAGUGUUGGAGACUGAAUGGCUGCCUAAAUGCCCCCACAAUGCCAACCCGCCCAACAGCUUUGUACCAACAACACAAUCCACUGCAAACUAACCCUUAUAUAUCUAUAACUAUACAUGUACAAUCUCUGUGUUCCAAUGAUCCACUGAUUCUGAUCGAGCUGAAUAAAGAGAUGUAACUCCAUGUCGAUUGUGUGCAA